UCUCUCCUCUCUGAGUCUCUAGUCUAGACUCACAGAGCUAAGCUAUGACUAUCUCGUCUCUUCUUCAAAACCCCUUUGAAAUGAUCACUUCUCCUUCUUCUUCUUCUUCUUUAGUCAAUUUACUCCGUCUCCACCAACAAGAAGUCCGUUUCCAUGCGAUGAAAGCUGCAGAGGUUGAAGAAAGCAGUAACAAACAAGGGAAUGGACCCUUUCUUGAAGAAAGGGUCCAUUCACGCCCAAUUAACCGACCCUCUUCACCUGCUUUCAUGUCACCAAAUGCCAGUCGACUCUACUCGGUUGCAGUAACGAACGGCACAAACAGUACCACAAGCUUGAGCCCAGAGAGGGUCUUUUUGUCUUCGAUCCCCGUCAACGGCCUGAGCCGAGAAGAUGCAAUCGCUGCAAGCUCGGCCUUCCGCUUGAACAUGGACUUACACAGCAGCAACAGCAGCCACCAACUCGUGGGUUUCUGUUUUCUGCCGCCACCAGAGCUUGCCGACAUGAACUACACGGCGAAGGGCAUCCCGGACCUCAACUUGCCACCACCAGAUGUCUCAGCUUCGGAGCUGGUCCUAAUAAUCAAGAACAGAAACAUCUUCCAUUUUAUCAAUGCUGUGUGUUCGUUGGUUGUCAAGCAAGAGGGCCUCGAGGGGCUGGCGGAGUAUAUGAAGAACAAGAGCAGCUUGACCGAACUCCAGCUUUGCAAUCUGUAUUCCAUUCGGAUCUGGAAUAUGCUGUCCCUCUCCCGGGGAGGUGAAAUUGAGAAGGAGCUGGUGGAGGAAGGCCUAAUCGAAGCCCUAAUCCGCGUCGAGGAUCUUCCAUCGCCUCUGGAGCUGGUCCUCGCUCCGCCACAUCACUGUAAGGCCCCCGUCAAGCAAGAUACUAGGAUUGAUUACAAGCAAGCAUCAUCAACUUGGUUCGACGACAACAAAGAGACUUUGUCCUCGGAUGCUCGCAAUUAUGAUGUUGUUGAUGAUGAGGAAGAGGACCAGGGCAGCGGUAAUUAUGAUGUUGAUGAGGAGGAGAGCAGCGGUGAUGAGGCUGAUCAUCAUCAGGACCAGAAGCGCAAGGCGGUGGCUGUAAUGGACGACCAGGAUCCGUAUGAUCAGCAUCUGCAGAGGAAGAAGGGCAGGCACGGUGGAGCUCUUCGUAUUGACGAGCCCGCCAAUCCAUGAAUCUGAAGCUACAGAUGAGAGGACUCAUCAUCAUCAGCCUCAACCCACCAAAGAAUAGCUGAGCAGAUUUUCGGUGUGCCACUGACUUGUUACUUGCAUAUUGAAUGGUUUUGUUAUGAGGUUGACGAUGAAACAAUAACUUUUUGAGUAAAAAUGGGAGGAAAAUCACAUUUUGUAUCACGUUUGAAUAUAAAAUAAUGAGGGAUCCGACACCGCUUCCUUCUAUCCCUCUUCCUCUCCUCUUCCCAUCACCGGAGCUUCGCCGGACCUCUGCCGUCGAUCCACCACCACUCCACUCCCUCCUCCUUUGAGAUGAGGUCUACAAUCUUUGGUCAACGGUAGUUGAGGGGUCAUAACACUGCUCCUUGCAUCACCUGCCCCGACCACGUCCAUAUAUAACCUCUCAUAGAAGGACCAUUAUACCGCGAUGAUGUUGAUCAUGAUAUGGGUCUUGAUCAAGCAGAUCUGCAGUUGUUACUAUAUGUGUGCUGACCAAAAAGCCAAUGAGGAGGGAGUCUUGUGGCGGCGAAGAGGCGAUGGAUCCAUCGGCUGCAUAGGCCGGCAGAGUGCCGAGGAUGGGGAGGAGAGGAAGGAGGGAGAUAUGGAAUUGGGGGAGGUCGACAGACAACGUGAAAACUGAAGAGUCUCUAAUUCAGUAGGGUUAGGUUUUUUUAAUUAAUGAAGAUAAUAAGAAAUUGAUA